GAUAUUUUCAUUCCAAUUAAGAAAAUGAAAAGAUACUGAUUAUUAUUAUCUUUUCUUUUUUUGUCAAGAAAAUACACAAGUUGUUAGAGUUGACACACGUUACUAUUUUGCCUAAUAUUCUCCAGGAAUUGCUGGAAGGAAGAUCCCAAACACCGGAUAGUAAGGAACAAUGCCUUGAAGACAUGAGCUUGGCACCACCACCAGCUAACCAUCAGGUAAGAGUGCACAAGUUGACCCUUCACAGGUUUUAUGGGGAAAGUUUCAACAAUGUCUAAUUCAAUUUAAUUUUCAGGAACCCAACAGCGAUGUGCACCACGGUUCUGCCCCACACAUCUCUGUAACGGAAAGUACUCCUGACAGAACCAGGAAGCUUGUGUUAACAGUCAACAAACUCCAGGUUCCUUCGGAGUACGACUGCUCCGAGUCCAUGAAGGAAGAAUUAGCCGAUAAACAACAAAAGUUAAUCAACACGAUCCGCCACGGUCAGCGAGGGCGCAUGGAAGAUCAACGCUGUUCGUUGAAACCCAACAGUAGAAGUGCUCCGUGUACACCAAACAACAGGGAAAGAAAAGUGUCUGAAAACCCAGGUCCAGAUUCUGAACUGUUUUUCAAUCUUUUGGCCAACACGCAGAGCCAACGGCUGGAUGACCAGCGGGUGUCUCUUCCGUCUGUACCAGGGUUACAGAAGGAAAACGCCUCAUCACCUGCAGUGACAGAUUCGAGCUAUCUAUGUUACAUGGUCUCUAAAGUCCAAGGUUCCAGAAUUGAUGACCAAAGGUGCUCGAUGCCUCAACUCCCAACCAAAGACACCCUGACCUCACCGGAAAAAAUCAAACCGUUGUCUGAUUCAUCCUCGACACGUUCGGCCUCUUUCAGUCCCAGCUCAAAUAUAGAGCGACCGAAGAGUAAGAAUAAAACUCCUCCAAAAGAGGGUUUGUUGCCAGAUGAACGGGAGGAUUUUUUUAACUUAGUCAGCCAGUCCCAGCGCAGUCGAAUGGAUGAGCAGCGAUGUGUCUUAAUGGCCAGUCCACAGUCCACCCCCAAACACAAACCUGGUUGGAGCACCGUUCCCACAGGACCUGGUUCUGAGACAUUUUUCACAAUGCUUGAAAACUGUCAAGGCAGACGGCUUGAUGAUCAGCGUGUGUCUCUCGUUACCUUACCUGGGAUACAGAAUGGAGGUUCAACAUCAACAUCAAACAAUGCAGAUGCAAGCUACUUAUGUUACAUGGUCUCAAAAGUCCAGGGGUCACGGAUGGAUGAACAGAGAUGCUCUGUGCCCCAAACCAUGAGGAAUGCUGGGAGCACAUCUGCUCAGCUCAAAGACCAAACUAGUGCAGACUCAUCUGAUACAGCUCCACGAAGGUCUCUGUCCUUUAACAAGGACAAUCCUGACAAACCUCGACAGGAAGCUUCCCCAACAGAGCAGGAACAGUUUCUCAAAAUGAUUAGCCAUGCACAAAGUGGACGUAUGGACGAGCAGCGUUGCUCCUUACAGACCAGUAGAAGUACACCCGCCACGCCCAUGCACGCAAGACAUGCUUUAAACAAUGAAACAGCAGGUGCAGAGGCGGAUGCAUUGUUCAAAGUCAUUGCCUCAAGUCAGGCAAAACGGCUAGAUGAUCAACGCGUGUCCCUUUCUACGUUGCCAGGAAUUGGUGUGAGUUCAGGAGCGAAAGGAAACUCAAAAGCUGCAGCCUCUGCUUGUCCACCAGUCAUCACUGUGGCUGAAAGUACACCAACUUCACCGAGGAAGAGUCGACCCGUCGUCUGCUCUCAAAAAAUCUUGCCAAAAUCUGCUUCAUUUAGUCCAGGAACAGAUUAUCAGAAGAAUCCUAAAUCUCCAGGACAGGUAACAUUGCAGUUAUCAUUCAGUUUUACACCACAACAGGCACAAGAGAGCGCUGAUCAACCAUGUUCAUUCCCAGAAGUCUACCUCACUCUUGGAGCCCCAGGAGAUCAUUUUGUGAUUCCCUUGAGCCAAGCACCUUGCAGACCUCUGUCCCUAAACUUAAAUCUUGUCCCUAAAGAGGACUUUAAGUCAAAACACCACUCUCCGAGCCACGCAAGUCCUAAGGGGUCUCGUUCUGGACCCUCAUCUCCAAACACAGUUACAACUAGAAAUGCCUCUCCUGCCACUCCAAGCCCACAUGAGCACAGGACACUUGUGAGCAGCCCUUUUACUCCAGAUGAAGACUGCUUCUCUCUGAUUGAGAAGAUACAUACAGCUCAUUUACAGAAUGUGAUGGCUCACGGAGGACAAAAGUGUAAAAAAGACCCUGGCAAGGGGAAGGAAAAAAUUGAACAAGAUAAAGGAAAAGGAGGUGGAAAGAAAGAUAGGAAGAAUGGCGGCAAUAAAUAAAAAUCAAUAUUAUAUCAUAAUAUUGUGAAUACAUUGGUUCAUUUGGUGGUAUUUUAAAGAGCAAAACAUUAUCAUGAACCUUUUUCAGGUGGCACUUGUACAUAAUGAGUAGCUCUUACAGGAAAAUUAGUUUAAAUUAUUCUGUUUUUAUUUAAUUUUUGAAUAUUAGUCACAUUUUCCCCAGUUAUUUCUCCCCUUUUUGGUAGAAGCAUUUAAAAUGUGUUUACAGUGUGUAUACGUCAGUGAGUAUU